AAUCGUUGCUGGUCCUCCAGCGCACCCACUAACAUCUCCAUUGUUGUUUAUGAUGAAGCACUUCCCGCUUCAAUAGAUCUUGCAUUAAAAACGAAUGCCUCAACUGGAGGUUCAAUGCUCUGUUUAUUUUGUAUCGCGUUGGGCGAGGGAUGGUAUCGUGAAUACAUCGUCCCCCGCGGGGCAUCGGCGCCAGCCGGUUUAGCGCGGAUUAGAAUCUUAACCUCGAACAGCUUGUUCGUAGUGAUAAGUGACGAGGGAUAUAAUGAGGUUUUGAGACGAUAG